AUGAUUGAUGAAGGCUGCAGAAAAGGACCUAACCACCAAACAAGACUGACUUCACUUUAUAUCACAUACAGAACUUUUACUUUUUUCAGACUGAGGAGACGCCACCACCAGAGAUCAAUUAAGAUCACCUUCACUAUAAGAAAAAGGACAGUGAGUGAGGUCCAGCUCAUGCACAACCUCGGGGAGCGCAAGCAGGUGCAGGAGCGGCGGGAGUGGCUGCAGACAAGGCUCCAGGGGAUCCACACCACUGAGGGCCAGGGCAGGAGUGGGGAAGUAGACCAGACAAGGAGGUAGUUGCGUCCCGAGGAGCUGCCCAACCUGACACCAGAGGAGAUUCAGUAUGCUUUCAACUUCUUGGAAAAGCUCCUCAAGUCAAAGCAGUCAUUAUUUUAGUUAAUUUUAUUUAACUUUCAGCAACGGUUACGACAUUCUUUUUACAGAAUUUCAGGCUACUUACUAUUUUUCUAUUUCAUUUGAAACUUUUCUAGAUGUCUGAACAUGUUACAUUAGAAUGCAAUUUUAUUUUAUUCAUUGUACCCUACAUUUCCGUCUUCAUUUAUUGCAUUUUAUUUAUGAAUUUGAUAUUUAUUAAACUGAAAAAGGGAAACACAGCUUCCCUGCUGUGUUUGGAUUUUUAUUUAACAGGUGGUGUAGUAAACCACUCCUAAAGCUGCUUAGCCUUCUUCAACAAACUGAAAGAGAUAAAGAGUUGGACCAACAGUGUUGAUUAUGAAUUGACAAUUCCCUUAUCAACGGGCAUUCCUGUCUCUCAUUUUAAAUCAGAUUAAUUUAGUUUAAAUAUAUUAAUUUAUAUACUCUGUACAUUGCAAGGCCUAUUGCAAUGCUAAUUAAUUUAACUUGGAUUUUGACUGUUAAUCAUCAAAACGGAUACCUAAGGUUAGAUUUAAUAAUAGGCUGUAAACUUCAACAACAGAGAAAUAAAUUGUAUAUUUUUAUAUGUAGCCUAGGCCUAGGAUAUAUUUAACUAGCCUAUGUACAAUAGGCCAUUUUAUUUUUGUAACAAUG